GUCAUCGAUGGCAUGAAGCGUAAACGCAAUAAUGAAAUUGAAAAUGAUAAAUCUGGAAAAAAACCUAAAACGGCGAAAAAGAAAUCACAAUCUCAUUUGAGUUUUAAUAACGAUGAGAUAUUAUAAUAUCCACCAAUAAUGUUAUUGUUGACAUUGUUGAUCAAAUUUUGUAAAAAACGCAUUACCAUAAUUUUUACUAUAGUUAAUAUUACUUUAAAAUGCCAUUCGCUUUUGUUCAACACCUUAAAAAUAAACGCAUUAUUCUCGCUUCUGGUUCUCCACGUCGACGAGAAAUUUUAUCAAGGUUAGGUUUAAAUUUCGAUAUUGUACCCAGUAAAUUUCCUGAAACUUUAGAUAAAGCAAAAUAUGCACCUUCUGAAUACGCUAUUGCAAAUGCAACUGAGAAAGGUUUGGAAGUGUAUGGACGACUAGCGCAAGAGGAUCAAGAAGUUGAUAUUGUGAUCGCGGCUGAUACAAUUGUUUCAAUAGAUGAUGACAUUUUGGAAAAACCAAAAGAUGCCGAAGAUGCUUUACGAAUGUUAAAGAGGCUUAGUGGAAGAUCACAUCGGGUUUACACAGGGGUCGCUUUUAUUUAUUCUUUAAGAGAACCUAUUCACCCAGGUUAUAAUAUCGUCUCUUUUACGGAAGAAACCGAAGUUAUGUUUAGAGAAUGUAACGAAGAUGAUUUAAAAGUGUACAUCGAAACAGGCGAACCAAUGGAUAAAGCAGGUGCAUAUGGCUAUCAAGCAUUUGGUUCAUUCUUUGUCGAAAAGAUUAACGGGUGUUACUAUAAUGUAGUUGGACUUCCAAUUAAAGUCUUCAUAGAAUUAGAGAAAUUAGUAAAAAAACAAGAAUUUAACUGUGUUACCAAAGAUCUCCAAAAUAAUUAUUAAAUAACCAAUAAAGAACGCUCUUAA